AUGGCUCCUUCUGCUAUCGAUGUUGACGCACCUCAACAGGACUACAUCAAACAAAAGACCUUGUUUGGAAAGGAGCCUCUAAAAUCGUCUGGCUCCCUCGACCGGUUUAAAUCCAUCGACCUGACUCCCGUGAUUGGUACGGAGUUUCCUGAGGCAAAUCUUGUUGAGUGGUGGAAUUCACCUAAGUCCGAUGAGCUUCUGCGCGACCUCGCAAUCAAAAUAUCCGAGCGUGGAGUCGUCUUCUUCAGGAAACAGGACAAUCUCACAAACGAAAUACAGAAGCAGCUCAUCCAGCGACUCGGCGAGCUGACCGGAAAGCCGCAGACCUCGAAAUUGCAUAUCCACCCGAUCCUCAACUCUGAGAGAGAGCUUGGAGGCAGUGAUCCAGAGAUCAGCACCAUCAGCUCUGUUCAGCACGCCAAACUUUACAAGAAGACUCCGUAUGAUCAGAGCAAGAAGAUCCAAGGCAGUGCGCAGUGGCACAGCGAUAUAGCAUUUGAGCCAGUUCCCGCGGAUUACACAUCCCUUCGACUGACCCAAUUGCCUCGAACGGGAGGAGAUACUCUGUGGGCUUCGGGAUAUGAAAUUUACGAUCGAAUCAGUGAGCCGUACCAGAAAUUUCUCGAGACUCUGACUGCCACAUUCGCUCAGCCAGCAUUCAACGAAGUUGCCGACAAAGGAGGCUUCCAGCUGUAUACCAAAGAAAGAGGAGCUCCAGAAAAUGUCGGAGGCGAACUGAAGGCCAUCCAUCCCGUCGUUCGAACCAAUCCUGUGACUGGGUGGAAGAGCAUUUUCCCCGUGGGCGGCCACGUGCGCCACAUCAACGGACUGACCGAGCAGGAGAGUAAAAAUCUGCUUGAGUGGUUCCUGGAUCUGGUGUACAAGAACCACGACCUUCAGGUGCGGUUCAAAUGGGAGAAUCCAAACGACAUUGCUAUCUGGGACAACCGCAGCGUGUUCCACUCUGCGACCUACGACUAUCGCGGCGAAGGAGACCGCUUUGGAAACAGGGCAGUAGGCCUGGGAGAGAGGCCCUACUUCGACCCCAACAGUACUUCAAGGAGGGCAGCGCUGGGGAAACUAGACAACAACUAG